AGUUUAAUCGCCGGUGGAGGUGACACAACAACUGUUAUGCUAGUAUGGACAGUAGCCCUGUUACUAAACAACCGCCAUGUAUUGAGAAAGGCUCAAGAAGAAUUGGACAAUCACGUUGGAAAGGAAAGGCAAGUAAAAGAAUCAGAUAUCAACAAACUGGUUUAUAUCCAAUCCAUUGUCAAAGAGGCUUUACGUUUAUACCCCGCAGCUUUCUUGGGUUCCAUGAGAGAAUUCUCAGAGGACUGCAAAGUAGCAGGUUACCACAUUGCGAAAGGUACGAAGUUAAUCAUAAACAUGUGGAAAUUACAUAGAGACCCUCGAAUAUGGUUCGACCCAUUGGAGUUUAAGCCAGAGAGAUUCCUCACGACUCAUAAAGAUUUCGAUGUGAAGGGUCAAAAUUUCGAGUUGAUCCCUUUCGGAGCUGGUAGAAGAAUUUGUGUUGGCACUGCUUUUGGCCUUCAGAUGCUGCAUUUAGUCUUGGCUAAUUUGCUGCAUGCAUUUGAACUUUCAACUCCUUUUGAUGAAAAAGUUGAUAUGAGUGUGAGUUCUGGGCUAACUAAUAUGAAAUCUACCCCUCUGAAUGUUCUUCUUUCCCCAAGAUUAUCUCCAUGUCUAUAUUAAGUGGAACAGACAUCCACGAUAAUGUAUUUCAUCAAUGAUAGUAAUGUAUGAGUAUGUAAAGAUGAUUAUGUGAAGAUGAAACCGAACGAGCCUGAUAGUCAUUGAAUAAGAAUGAUGAAUCUAAUUAAAUUGUUAGUAUUUAUGUACACUCUAUAAACAUAUAAAUAUUAAACAUUAACUAGCAUUGAUCAAUUACUUAUAAGGAGCUUUUGUGUUGUAAA